CGCUGAAAUGUGAGGAUUGUGGAAGGCUUCAAAAAACGGACUCUUCCUGCAUCAUUCGGCUGUAGUUCCGCACUGCCGACAUCUGAAACCUGCGUCUAAAAACCGAAGAAGAAAAUUAUUUCCGACCCUGUAUGGAUUGACGCAUUUCAUCUAUCAAGAAGGACAAUAAUUCGGAUUCAUUUGUGAAGAACUCAGCUACAAUUCGGUAAAAAGCAGAUGCAAAUCAGGUACAGAUUUCACGAGGAAACCGACUUAAAAGUUUGUUGAAUAGUGCCAGUUCUCCAAAAUCGUAGGAAAUCUAAGUGCGUUUCCAUCAUAGAUUAACUAAGUAACUGGUUUCCAUCAUUAAGCAAUUGAGAAGAUCGCCUUUAAAAGGAAAUAGAGGGUCCGCUCAUGAACGGGACUCCAAAAGGCAUGCGCCAGCCGGAUCAAUAACAAGACACGAGAGCCCUCAUUUCCUGUUUUUCCAGUCACUACGUCUCAUUACAAGAUACAUCCCAGUCCUGGCAUCGCCCGAAACAUUUGGGCUUUGCCUCCAGAAACUUCAUGUGACAUGGCAGCUGACGCUGAAGACCCUUCCGUCUCCGAAGAAGAUGACCCGGAGAAUGCACACAUCGCAGAACAGAUCAACAAGGACAUCUUUGACUUGCUUAAGAUGGGAGCCACCGUCGAAGUGGAGGCGUAUGUGGUGGAGUAUGGCGUGGAAGUGCUCUGUGCGAAGGAUGAGUGGGGGUACACGCCCGCUCAUUGGGUGGCUCUGGACGGCAACGUGGACUUAAUGCGGCUGAUUAUCGACAGUGGGGCGCCUUAUGAUCAAAACUGUUUGGGCACCCAAGGUCCCAGGCCAAUCCAUUGGGCAUGUAGGAAAGGUCACACAAAGAUAGUGCAACUCCUUCUACAAGCAGGAGUACCAGUAAACUGUGCGGAUUUCAAAGGACUUACACCCCUUAUGACCGCUUGUAUGUUCGGCAAAAUAGCCACCGCCGCUUACUUGCUAGGGAUGGGCGCCUCCCACCACCUGGUGGACAUCAAUGGGGACACGGCGAUGCAUUGGGCGGCCCACAAAGGACACGCGGACAUUAUUCCACUGUUGGUCAAUGCUGGGGCAGACAUGCAAAAACGUGACAAUUUCGGGUCAACCCCGUUACAUCUGGCCUGCCUUUCCGGUAGUGCCGAGUGCGUUGGUUUUUUUUGCUUUAAGAGCAACGUUGAUUUGAAUCCGAAGGACAAGUACUGCCGUUGACCUGGAACGUUGCCCGAGGCUCGAACUACAGCUUCAUUUACUGGAACAUCGUACUGUGGAUCAGCUGGAUAGUCGCCAAUCGCAAGAACCCUGGCUACGCUCCGAUGAACACUGACACAUAUUUACAGGUCAUCCAGUCACUUUCCCAUCAACGCUAUUCGUCAGGGUCAGUGAUCAACAGCGUGGCGAAUGAACUGUGCUUCACGUGCAGAACGAUAAGGCCACCCAGAGCAAAACAUUGCAGGAUUUGCAAUCGAUGCGUCUACAUGUAUGACCAUCACUGCAAUUUAAUCUACAACUGCGUCGGGUUGCGGAACCGCGUUUGGUUCUUUGUCUUUCAGUUGAGCUUGGCCAUUAAUUGGUCCUAUGCAUGUUACUUUGCAAGCUACUGCUUUCAUCAUGAACAGCACGGCCUACUGUCCUUAGUCAUCCUGUUGGAAGGAGUACUUUUUGCCAUGUUUGCCACUCUCUGCUGGAUGAUCACAUGCACAAUCCUGUUAUACGCCUGCAUGAACAUCACCACCAACGAGAUGAUGCACUACAAGCGAUACUCGUACCUUCAAAACUUCGUGGGCCGAUACAAAAACUACUACUCCAGGGGCCCCAUUUUCAAUUUGAUCGAAUUCUUCUUUUCCAACUCUGAAGAACUAGAUCGAGCGCCACGCGCUUGGCAGCACUGACACAGGGCGGCAGUGGAGAAAAUUCGCAGAGGUUCCAAGGACAAUAGAAAGUGUAUAACGUCCAAGAAAAAAGGGCCAAUCGGUCCGGAGCAUGGAACGAGAUAGUUUUCGCUUUAGGGUUAGAUACCCAGUGCAGCCUAGUUCCAUGUAUUUUCCAUAUAUGGAGAACCGUUUGUGAUUUUCACACAAUGAAACAUUCAAAAUAGGCCUGGGUAACUCAGUGAAUUUUUAGGAGUUGACGCAGUGCUACGCAAAUGGAU